AUGUACAAGUCUUUGCUUCCAGUUGCGUUUCUCGCAGUCUCAAACAUUCAGGGUAUCUGGGCCCAAGAAGUCAACCUCGUGUCCCUGUUUCCACGACACAAACCUCCAAUACUAGGAGAUAUUUGCAAGUCUCUUCGACAGGCCUGCAAUGUGAACCAAUUUCCGGCACCCAUCGAGAAACUAUGCCAAGAGUAUUGCGAAAAAGAGAUCGACUUGGACGAUCUCCAGGCAGAACUUUGCAGAGACUUCAAACAGUAUGUCGACAGCCUCGGCAAGUGCGCCAAUGAUGUCUGCGGUGUGAUUCAAAAGCAGUGCAGCGGCAGGGGUAUAUGCACCAAGGACUCUGAUUGCGAGGAGCUUGAAGUCUGCCGGAACUACGUCUGUAAGCCAAAGGUCUGUCACCACUAUCGCGAAUGCAAUUAUCGCGUCUGCAGGGAUAACAAGUGUGUUCCCUGCGAGUCAGACUCAGACUGUGAUUUCCGACCAGAUCUCAAGUGCAGGAAGGGCAAGUGUCUUCCCAACUCAAUUCCGCCUCUAAAUUGUACCAAGAACUCGGACUGCAAGCCAGGUCAAGUUUGCCAAGAUGGUGAUUGUGGUAAAUGCUCCCCCGGUGGUGCAGAAUGCGACAAAGACAAAUUCUGUAGCAACGGGGAAUGCAUUCCAAAACCUCCUAGCUGCGGAAAACCUGGCUUUGAAUGGGCAGAAUGGCGCGGCCCUUCGUCCUGGAGCGGCGUGAAAUCACCACCUUUCGCAGAGUACGAUCCAACCGUGUUCAAGUCACAAAAGCCCGAGUAUGAGGGCCUCACGAACACGCUGGUCAUCGAUGCGCCUUUGCAGCUCUAUGGACAGGGUGCCAAUCUCAAUCUUGCUACUGUGGUACACCAAGGGUUUCUACUGGCACCCGAGACUGGCAACUACACCUUUGUGUUUGGUCAGGCAGACGAUAUUGUUCUUGUCUGGCUGGGCAAAAAUGCAUUCAGUGGCUGGACAAGAGCGAACGCGGAUAUUGAGAGAACUUAUAUUCCACCUCCGGGCGAUGAGACUCGCACAAUGAGGCUCUUGGAGCAGGGAACGUAUUAUCCUGUGAGAGUGGCCUGGGGGGAUAAGGGCGGAAAUGUGGCCAUGUCUGUCAAAAUCAUUGCGCCGAAUGGUGAUGAGUUGACUGGCAAGGAGGGUGGCUACUUCAGAACCGAAGCUUGCGAUGGUUCAUAUGACACGUUUCCCCCGUAUGGGCAGUCCUGA